CAAGUGGCUAUCAGCUUAUCUCUAUUCCACAAUGAGAAGUCGGAUGACCAUCUGAUGCCAUGGACAGUGGAAGUACUUCUCGCAUUCAUCUGGAAGAGCGACCAUAUCGUUCUCAUCUCCAGCCUGCCUGCCUACCAUGUCGAAAACGUAAAUCACGCUGCAAGACCAUCAGUUCCUCAACUAAAUGUCUCACUUGUGAAUCGCAUGGUACGAGCUGUGUCUUUCCACCAACGGAAGACAAAGAACGACCGAAGAACCGCUUGAACCACAGAACAAGGGCUGCGCGAAGAAUUCGGAACACCUCCAGCGGGCAAGGCAAUUAUCUUGAGCACAACGCGAUACGGUCGCCAUCGAAUAUCUCAACCGGUUCAUCCUCGCAAAUCUAUGCUGCAACCCAAGCUAGAUAUAGCAACAGGAAUAGAAGUGCGAUAAUAAAUGAUGCGCAACGAGAGGACCACUCAUCUCAUCUUGUGACAUUAUUAGGAGAGUCCGGCAACGACAACUCUCAUGUCGUCAGUCCCGCCAUAGUGGAUGAUAGUGAAGUUUUGCACAGCUAUUUAGCCACGUCUCCAGGAGGGAGAAAUAGAAUGUCCAAGCAGACCGAUCAUCAAUCGCCGUCAGUAUCCAGCCGGAGAGGACGAGUGUUGUUCAAUUCCUUUCCGCGACGACCAUUGGGGGUCUCCGCUGAUCAGUCGCCUGCAUUUCAUAAGUGUGAGCUUAUCGAAAAGUUUCUGGACCAUGAUCUGGAAGAGGUCGUCAAUAUGUUUUUUACACAUGCUAAUAUCUGCUUCCCAAUAUUCGAUGCCACCUCUUUCAAGAGAACCUUCACGAAUCAUAGGAGGAAGAUAUCCCCUGCUCUACUCUCUAAUCUUUAUGCCAACUCCUUGGUCUACUGGUCCAAAUCAUCUUCUAUAACCGGCCGUUGCCCGGAUGUUCGUUUCAUCUGGGUUCAAGCGAAUGAAGCUUUAAUGGCAGAGAUCUUCCUAUCUCCAGGGCUGUCGACAGUGAUAACGAUCGUCCUGAACAUAUGCGGAAGGCCUAGCACCUCGAUCUUUGGGAACGGUGGUAUGCUCGGUAUAGCCAUUUCUUUGUCGCAUGCCUUGGGUCUUCAUCGUGAUCCGUCUAAUUGGGACAUUCCUCCCUCGGAGAAGAGUUUCAGAACUAGAGUUUGGUGGCUCAUCGUUGUUCUCGACCGAUGGUGUAGCCUUGCUUAUGGCACCCCUCUCCAUAUCCAUCGCGCUCAGCACGAUGUCCCCCUUCCAACAUUACAAGAUAUCUAUCCUCACGGAGGAACAUCUAUCCAGCUUGCUGCUGCCUCUAUCUUCGUCUCAUGGGUCUCCUUGACAGAAGUACUCGGCCGGUUAUUGGAGCAUAUCUACCACGUGUCUAAAGCCGCAACGCUCAAAUCAACCGUAAACGAGAAUCUUCAGUUAGAGAUCAUUUUAACAGAGUGGGAAGAAUCAUUACCUGAAGACAUAAGGAAAAUCGUAAUGCGAGGAACUGACCUAUCCAUUCCCGGUGCUGCCAAUUUUCGCCUGGCUUAUCUAGCUGUAAAGCUUCUCCUCCGCCGGAUACAGCUGGAUAUGGACAUGAGCGAACGUCACUAUGAAUCAGAGGACAUGUCUCAGUACAACAUAUACUCGCAGCGGGCGGCUGAAGAAAUUGUCCUCCUCAUCAAAGAACUAGACGAAUCCCACCUUUCCGGGUUCUGGAUUCCCGUCAAUGCAUUCGCGAUUACUUCCGCGACGACACUUCUACUAAGGAGUUCAUUGAGAUCCAAAGACCCUGCCCACAGCCCGCCGUUGCGCAUCGCAAAGGAUAUGAUCGCUUGUCUGCGAAGACUACAACAAGAUUCCGGAUGGGAUCUAGCGGAUAAUUGCAUCGCGAGCUGCGGCGAUGUCGUGGAAAAGAUCGAGGCGCAUGGUAAUGCUCCGACUACCGAGCCUACUACUUACCUUCAAGACAUGUUGGAUAACGACUCAUUUGCUUUGGAUGACUUCCUGUUGGAUCCUGUCUAUGCUUUCGAUGAUGGGUGUUGGGACUUGAGCUAGGCUUGCAAUUGCUAUUCAAAUCUUAAUGUGAAGCCAGGAUUAUAUUGCACAGGGAGGUACAAGGCGGGUGCGUUGAGGAUAGAGGGGCUUUGCCAUCUCAACCUGGGCUUAUACGGGCCGUAGGAUAUUACGAGAGCAGACAAGAUAGAAUUAUUUGUACAAUCGCUAACUAUACAGACGCUGAUAUGGGUGUUGAAAG